UCCUGCUGCCGAUGGAGAAGAAGCGCCUGAAUAUCUUCAUUCCUGCUCAUGUCAGGCGGCCAGUCAACUUGACAACCAGAAGAAAUACACCGAAGGACCAAGCAAACAUCUCCUACAGUUAUUUUAUCGCUUUGCUGCGAAACAACCGCCACAUCUCGCCGUAUCAUGCAUCACAUAGAAGUGUCAAUCCCGUCUUUUCGGUCGGAGGGCAGUACCGUGGAGAAGGGAUACACGGUUUUUAAGAUCGAGGUGCUCAUGUGUGGCAGACAGCAUACUGUUGAGAAACGAUACAGUGAAUUUCACGCGCUUCAUAAAAUGCUUAAAAAGAUAAUAAAACCUCCAGAAAUCCCUUCAAAACAUGUGAGGAACUGGGUUCCCAAGGUUCUUGAGCAGAGGAGACAGGGACUCGAACUCUACCUUCAGACUAUAAUCAUGGAAAAUGAGGUUCUUCCAAAGAUAUUCCUGGAUUUCCUCAAUAUCCGCCAUUUCCCAUCUCUGCCAAAAACUGAAAGUUGUGGAUCAUUUGAAACAGAAUCGGAUGAAUCAAGUAAACUGACACAUCAACCAGCACUUCUCUACCAGAGGGAUCCAUAUCUGCUUCCUGCCUCAAAUGAUACAUUUUCCAAUAUGGUAAUCGAAGGUGUGAUACGUGGAAUAUUUUACCCAGAUUUCCAGCCGAGGUAGAUCUCAGCACUACAAACAACAUCACGGAUUAAAAAAGGGAUUCAACACUAACUCUCACAGCACCAGUUUAACAGACUCACUCAAUGCAGCCUUAAGAGUGUAGUUUGGUAUCAACACUCCUUGAGAUUUUGCUUUGUUAAAUCCAAAAUUAGUUGUGCGCAUUCAAAUCACUUAUCAAAUCAAGGUCUCAUUUAAUAUAGCAGAAGUACCUCCGCAUAUGUUUGCACUUCUCUCCUGUGUCAUAUAUUGAGGUCAGAUGAAUAUCUGAUCUCCUCUGACUGCAUUUCUGCAGAUUAGCUAAACUAUAAGUGUUGGAAGAGCCUUGAACAUUUUCAUUAUGUUAUUGAAUUAUUGCAUAAACGUUAUUUUCUU